CAGCGGAAACCCUAGGGAUUUACGUGACACAACCAAACGGCAUCAAGAUACCUGGGAGUCGUAUGACACUUUGGAUUUGCCUUCAGCUGUGUGUCAAACAAAUCCCCUUGAAAACCAUUUUGGUUCUUGCUGCCGAGUCAAUCGCUAGAUUAUAGUUCCGACACUCUUCUGGGAAUUCGCACGAACUACGCUUUCAAAUUUGUAGACAGGCUGUAAUAUGGACCAAGUCGAGCAGGACCUCAUUGCGGAAAUUGAAGAAAUGGAACGGGAACUGAUAGCUAGAGGAAUAAAUCCGAUUUUACCUUGGAAUGUGAGGCCCACUCUGCUCUACGUAUUCGCGCAGCUCUUCGAGGUGCUGGGCCGGAACCUCUGUCUGUCUACCUACGUGGAGCGCGGAUGGAACGAGUACUUUGCCGGCCUCUCCAAUUUUUAUUUGGUGGAAACUCCAGCACUAGAAGGUCGGCGGAUGCUGGGGUACCGCUGGUUCUCGGUGUCGCUUAUAUUCCGCGCAUCCAGAUCCCAGCCGUUUUAGUGAAGAUGCCUCGCCGUGGCAUCACCGCCAAAUUGAAUUCCAUUCCAUGGUUUCAUUUUUGGCCCACCUCCCAAAGCCCACAUGCCGCCCUCUCUGCGCGGUCUUGUGCGCGACAUUUUGGCAGAAGUUCAACGGAAAAAGGUUUGGCAGCAGGGCCAGAAAAUGAUAAGCCCGGUCAGCGCAAAAAAAAAAAAAAACGAGUGAACUCACAACGAACGGUUCACUACUGGGUUAAAUAA